CCUUCUCCUCGCCAACAAAGCUAUACAAAACCCACUCUCCUCCCGACAACCGUACUCAAAAACAACAGUUUGACGAGAUGAUUCCGGGAAAGCAAAACGCUCGAUUCGUCGAGAUUGCCGAAUCCCUCAAACCGCAGCUCAAGACCCGAGUCGAACAUGCUCUUCGUGUGGUCAAGGUCGAACGAGAUGAAAACUCGCUGAUGGGUUGGAAAGCGGUCGAUGCGGGUCGGGUGGAAGAUGUCGGCUCGUUGAACGGCGGGGAUCAGGUGAUCUAUGACUUUGGAGGUCAUCGAGCUGGUACUUUCGAAUUCGAUAUCGAGUCGGUUCUCGUGGGUGUGGAGCCGGCCGACGCUCCUUGUCGACUGAAGCUGGUGUUUGGAGAGGUGCUGAACGACGUGGCCGAGAGUUUCGACGAUUACAAAGCUUGGGUCAGCAAGAGUUGGCUACCGGACGAGAUCAUCAACGUCGACUACCUACCGGAACACGUACAUAUGCCCCGUCGACAUGCCUUUCGAUACGUCAAGAUCGAAGUCAUCUCCACCUCACCCAGGUACGGAGUCAAGAUAUCCAACCCGAUCGCCAACGCGGUGACAUCUGCGCCUUGGGAAGACCCGGCGAUCUUGUCCUUCGCUUCCAAGGGGAAAGAGAUGUCGGAAGAAGAAAAGGAUGGGUUGAGGAAGAUUGACGAGGUCGCUUUGAGGACGUUGAGGAAUUGUAUGCAUACGGUUUACGAGGAUGGGCCUAGGAGGGAUAUGCGCUUGUGGAUCGGAGACUUGCGAUUACAAGCCUUGUGUUCGUAUGCCACCUUCAAGGAUUACGAUCUCGCCAAACGUUGCCUCUACCUCUUUGCGGGAAUGCCUUUCAACGACGAAGGAUUGCUCUGCGCGUGUGUUUAUGAGAAACCGAAGCCCUACUUUGGGGGAAACUGCAUCGCCGACUAUGCCAUGUUAUUCGCGGUGACGCUACUGGACUACGUCAAGGCCUCGGGGGACAAGCAGACGGGAAAGGACCUCUUCGAGAUCGCAGCCAAGCAAUUCACAUUCUUUGCGCCAAACUAUUCCGAGGAUCUGAGGUACAACGUUCCCCCGGCCGGAGACGCUUCGGAGAGCUCUUCUUCGUGGCAUUUCGUCGACUGGGAACCGAAAUUGGAAAAGGAAUGUGCGGAACAUGCGAUCAUGAUCUACUGCUUGAAGGCCAUCGCAGAACUCGCCUCGCUGCUCCAGGUCGGAGAAGAGCCUUCCUACGUCUUGGGGACCGGUUCUGAAAGCCAGCCGAUCUCUACCCUGGUACCCAAGCUGAUCGAGGCGCAUAACAAGCAUUAUUACGAUCACGAGCUCGGGGUCUACGUUAGCGGGCCUGAAAAACAGAUCAGUUGGGGCAGUAACGCUUGGGCGGUCAUCGCUGGUGUGCCCGAGAGCAAGGAUAUCGCUCAACGAGCGUUGAAGGCGGCUUACACUCGGCCGGAGAGCGUUCAGGGGUUGACGCCGUAUCUGCAUCAUUACCUCUGUGAUGCGUUCAUCGUCGCCGGGUUGGAGGACUUGGCCUUGAAGCAUAUCAAGGAAUAUUGGGGCUCGAUGGUACAGGCUGGUGGGGAGACCUUUUUCGAGGCCUGGAUGCCAAAGGAACCUAGGGCGUCGCCGUAUGGGGAUCUGCACAGCAAUUCAUUCUGUCAUGCCUGGUCCUGUACUCCUGCGCUGCUGCUUCGGCAGAUGGGUUUCGAGUGAGAAACAAGCGUGUGGAGCGCAAGUUUCAAAUUGUACUGUUGCAGUUCUGUAAUUAGUCACCACCAGAACUAGAUGAUAUUGUUGGCAAAUAGAAGUCGCGUCCGGC